GAGGGAGGGAGAGAGGGCGUGAGGGUAUCCAAGGGCGGUUUGUGAGGUUGGGCAGUGGUGGGUGUGUAUGUGGUGUGAGCAAGACCUUCCCGUCCUGCUGCCCGCCAACCUGCCUGCUGCCUGCCUGUCUGCUGUCCUGUACUCUCUGCUUUUGAGGUUCUCUAUAGGGGAGUGACCCGCGAGGCAGCAAGAUGGCUCCGGGCGACAGAGGCAGCGGCGGAGGAGGAGGACUGCGGAAGAUCAUGCUUGGGGGUAUGCUGCUCACCCUCUCCCUCCUGCUGCUCUCCCUCUACCCUGUGUUAGGAGACAACCCGUCGUACAGGGAGUGUCAGCCUCACAUCGACGCCACCAUCAGGAACCUCGCCGCCAAGGCCAUCGUGGCAGGGGAGACGCCCUCAGAGGACAUCGACGUGGAAGACUACGCUAUAGAACCAGAGAUCGAAGAGGCUCCUGAAGAAGAACCAGAAAUUGAAGAACCAGAACCAGAACCAAUAAUCGAGGAACCGGAACCAAUAGUAGAACCGGAACCAGAACCGGAACCAGUAAUUGAGGAACCAGAACCAGAACCAGAACCCGUGGUGGAAGAGGAGGUGGAGGAGGAGCCCGAACCCGAGGUAGUAGAACCCGAGGAGGAAGAACCCGCAGAACCCGAACCCCCGAAGAUAGUCGAACCGGAGAAACCGAUCAAGGAGGAGAAGCCCGAAAAGAAGGCUUCCCCUGAAGCCGCCCAGGAGGAGGUGAGGAAGAGACGCGAAGUGGAGCGAGAGGAAGAGGAGGAGGAGGAGGAGAAGAAGGAGGUGAAAAAGACCCCGGCGAAGGAAGAAGGGAAGAGAGAGGAGAAGGAAGAGAAGGUGGAGGAAGAGAGAAAGGCCCCAGUGAAGGAAGAGAAGGUGAAGGAAGAGAAAAAGACCCCGGGGAAAGAAGAGAAGAAAGAGAAGACAAAGAAGGAAGAGGAGGUGAAAGAAGAUAAAAAGGAGGCCCCAGCAAAGGAAGAGAAAAAGAUCCCAGCGAAAGAAGAGGAGAAAGAGAAACCGAAGAAGGAAGAGAAAAAAGCCCCAGUGAAAGAAAAGAAGAAGGUGGAAAAGAAGGAAAAGGAGGUGAAGGAAGAGAAAAAUACCCCAGCGAAAGAGGAGCAGAAAGAGAAGCCGAAGAAGGAAGAGGAGGAAAAGGAAGAGAAAAAGGCCCCAGCGAAAGAAGAGAAGGAAGAGAAACCGAAGGAGGAAAAGAAGAGGGAAGAGGUGAAGGAGAAGAAGGUGGUGGAGGUAUCAGAGGAGGAGGAGGAGGAGGAGGAAGAGAAGGAAGAAAGAGAUGAGAAGAAAAGAGUAAAAGCCGAAGAUGAAGACGAAGAAGAGGAAGAAGAAGAGAAACCAAAACCCAAAUCUAAGGCAAAGGUAGAGAAAGAAGAAGAAGAAGAAGAAAAAGAAGAAGAAGAGGAAGAAGAAGAAGAAGAAGGAGAAGAGGUAGUGGCCGUCAAAGAAACAAAAAAAGAGAAAAAAGAAAAACCAGAACCAACAGAAAAAAAAGAUGAAGACGAAGAAGAAGAGGAAGAAGAAGAAGAAGAAGAGGAAGAAGAAGAGGAAGAACCAAGAGAGGAAAUGAAACCAGCAGCGAAACCCGCACCCAGGAAGGAACCCGCUCCCGCCCCCGCCCCCGCCACGGGCAUCGUCAACAAGCUGGUGAGGGUGAUCUUCGGGCCGUGGGCCGCCGAGCGUGCCGCCAAGUGGGCCGAGCCGUGGCAGACACACCCGGAGUUCAAGAAGAAGCCCGCCAAGGAUGUCGUCGAGGAGAAGACGACUAAGCGUGAAGCCCUGGGCGGCCCCAUCGACAAGCUGGUGCGGCUCAUCUUCCCCGUCAAGGAGGUGGCCCAGCGUGACCCCAAGUGGGCCCAGCCGUGGCAGACACACCCAGAGUUCGCCCGCAAGGCCGAGGCCAAGGAGAAGAAGGCUCAGGAGGAGGACAAACCGGUAAAGUACGAAGCCCUGGGCGGCCCCAUCGACAAGCUGGUGAGACUAAUCUUCCCCGUCAAGGAAGCAGAGCGUGCAGCCAAGUGGGCCCAGCCGUGGCAGACCCAUCCUGAAUUUGCCCGCAAGGCGGAGGCGAAAGAGAAGAAGGCUCAGGAGGAGGACAAGCCAGUGAAGUACGAAGCCCUGGGCGGCCCCAUCGACAAGCUGGUGAGACUAAUCUUCCCUGUGAAGGAAGCAGAGCGUGCAGCCAAGUGGGCCCAGCCGUGGCAGACCCAUCCUGAAUUUGCCCGCAAGGCCGAGGCCAAGGAGAAGAAGGCUCAGGAGGAGGACAAGCCAGUGAAGUACGAAGCCCUGGGCGGCCCCAUCGACAAGCUGGUGAGGCUGAUUUUCCCCGUGAAGGAAGCAGAGCGUGCCGCCAAGUGGGCCCAGCCGUGGCAGACACACCCAGAGUUCGCCCGCAAGGCCGAGGCGAAGGAGAAGAAGGCUCAGGAGGAGGACAAGCCAGUGAAGUACGAAGCCCUGGGCGGCCCCAUCGACAAGCUGGUAAGGCUGAUUUUCCCCGUGAAGGAAGCAGAACGUGCCGCCAAGUGGGCCCAGCCGUGGCAGACACACCCAGAGUUCGCCCGCAAGGCCGAGGCGAAGGAGAAGAAGGCUCAGGAGGAGGACAAGCCUCAGGUGCACGGAGCAAUGGGCGGCCCCUUCGAUAAGCUGGUGAAGCUGAUCUUCGAGACGAAGAAGGACGACACCCCGCGCGACCCCAAGUGGGCCCAGCCGUGGCAGACACACAAGGAGCACCUCAAGCUGGGGAAGGCACCCGCCCAGCAUGCUCCUGCUCCUGCUCCUGCACCCAAAGUCGAACCCACACCCAAGCCUGCACCGGCCCCCAAGGCAGAACCCACACCUAAGCCUGCCCCUGAAGCUGAGCCUGCACCCAAGCCUGCCCCAGCCCCAGCACAGAAGCCUGCACCAAAGCCAGAACCCAAAGCUGAACCUGCUCCCAAGCCUGCGCCCAAGCCUGAGCCCAAGCCCGAGCCCGUAGCCAAGCCCAAGCCUGCCCCUGAGCCUGUCGCGGCGCCCAAGCCCAAGCCUGUUGAAGCCCCAAAACCCGAGCCCGAGGAACCCAAGCCUACAUUUCCUGCUGAGGGUGACGAGAGUGAGGAUGAAGAUGAUGACGAUGACGAUGAUGAUGAUGCUGGUGGCGUCAAGGGCGGAAAAGGCGGUGAAGAAGACGAGGACGAUGAUAAAGCUGAUAAAGACGAUAAGGGAAAGAGAGAUAAGGAUAAGAAGAAGAAGAGGAAGGCAGGGAAGGCGCAAACCAAGACGAAGACGAAGAAAGAGGAAAAGCAAAAACCGAAGAUGGAAGAAAAGAAGCAAAAAGAAAAGGAGGAGAAAAAGCAAAAAACAAAGAAAGAAGAAGAAAAAACAAAGAAAAAGGCAGACGAUAAACAAAACAAGGUUAAACGAGACGCGAGAAGCAAGAACAAGGAAAAGAAAACAAAGAAAACAGAGAGAAGAGAAGAGAAAGUAGAGAAGAGAAGAGGAGUGGAGCGCCGUACUCGAGGUACAGCUGGAGCUCCUGCCGAGGCCCCAGCUGCUGCCGCCCCUCAGCCUGAUGCCGCCAAAGCCCCCAGGAAGCCGGUACUGGAGCAGGAGGCGCCGAAGACACCCCCUCCUCCGCCGCCUGUACCAAAGGAGGAGGAGCAGAUAGUCGUGGUGCCCUCCGCCGUCCGCUCAAGGGACAAGCUGGAGGCCAUCCUUGGACUGGACGAGGUCUCUAAGGACGUGGAGGCGCGGACCAGCCCCAUCGCUGACGUGACUCUGAAGGAGCUGAAGAAGAUUUAUGAGGGCACGAUCGUCCCCCUGGAGAGCCUCUACAAGUACCAGGACAUCUCCAACCGACACGUGUCCGACGCAGAACUGUUCGGCACGCCCCUCGUCCUCCUGGUGGGGCCGUACUCCACCGGGAAGUCGUCGUUCAUCAACUACCUGCUGGGCAUCGAGCACACCAAGCGAGCCCUCAAGACAGGCACGCCCCCCAGCCACGGCGUGUUCCGCGUGGUCCAGUACGGCAAGACGGAUGCUGAGCUCGGCGGCACGGCCCUCAGCGCCCACUGGUCCUUCACGUCGCUGCAGAAGUUCGGUCAAAAUUUCGUGGAUCAGCUUCAAGGUCGCGCCCUCAACGUGCCUCUCCUGAAGAAGGUGACCUUCGUGGAGGCGCCGGGGAUCCUGGAGAUGAGGAGGCCCGGGGAGCGGCUGUACCCCUUCAACGACGUGGUGCAAUGGUUCAUCGACCGCGCCGACCUCAUCCUCGUCAUGUUCGACUAUACCAAGCUCGACGCUGGAUACGAGCUGGAGGCGGUGCUCGACCAGCUCAAGGGGCGCGAGGCUCAGACUCGCAUCCUGCUGAACAAGGCCGACCAGGUGCCCUCCGAGGAGCUGAUCAAGGUGCAGGGCAGCCUCUUCUGGAACCUGAGUCCCCUGCUGGGCGUGUCUUCUCCCCCCACCGUGUACGCCGGCUCCUUCACCUCCCAGCCCUACCGAAGCGGCGCCCCUGCCAAGCUUUUCCAGGCACAAGAGGAGGCGAUGCUCACCGACCUCGCCAGCGCCAUUAACUCAAGAGUGGAGAAUCGCAUCGCCAUCGCCCGCCGACACGCCGUGCGUGUGAGGAACCACGCCCAGAUGGUGGACUCGUACCUCACCACCUUCUUCCGCAACAAGGGCUUCCUCACCUCCAAGCACAAGCUGGCCGAGGACAUCAUCGAGAACCCGCACACCUACAACAUCUACGAGGGCAUGAGCCUCCUCACCAACAUAUCGCGCUACGACUUGCCCGACCCAGAGGUCUACAGGGACUUCUUCAGGGUCCACAACCUGUACGACUUCCAGACGCUCAAGGCCACGUGCUCGUACUUCCGGGGUUGCCCGCUCACCAAGAUCGACGAGGCCAUCAGCACCGACCUGCCGGAGCUGCUGGAGCGCUACCGCCGCCUGGUGGACGCCGCCCUGGCCGCCCCCGCCUCCAAGGCCCGCGGGGCAGCACCCGUGCCCGCCCCGCCCGUCCGGGGCAACGUUCCGGCCGGCGCCACGGCCCGCACGUCCUGAGCACCACGCUCCGCCCGCCGGCAGCCACGCCGUGCCCGGGCAGCGGGGCGCCGCCCCUCACCGUGUGAUAUGUUGAGAUGAGGCGCGGCUCGUCACCGUCUGCAGGCGGGAGUAUGGCGGAGCCGCAGGUCACGCCCCCGCCCUACCCCCGCUUAGUGCCCCGCAGGGCACACCCCUACUGGAGACCGAAGCCAGCCUGACGCCCGGGGAGGAUAACCUCCCCAAUGGGCGCCCGGCCGAGCCCUGUCCCCGCCCCCACCGCCUCCCAUACCCCUGGCGCCGCCGUGACCUGCAGGUGGAGAGCGGGGCGGGCGGCAGACCCUGAGGAGGCCUGUCGCCACACGCCACAUGGAGACACAGACUCACGCUACGCCGCUCGCAGUCCGUCUGCCGCUCAGGAAGUAGCGUCCCCGAGCAUUCCAGUCCCGCAGAUGCCGCCGCCCCGCCCCUCGCGGCCCGGCGACGCGGUGCCCCUCCCGCACGCCGUACUGGGGCGGCGGCCGCGCCCCGCCUGAGGGCGCGCCCCUAGACGUAAGCCUUUUAUAAGAGGGAUGAGUAUACUCUAGUCAUUUGAUCGGAGCAGCGACGCCUCGGGCCUCGCCGCCGCUCCGUGCGACACUCUUACACGGGCACCGACGGGCCGCCGCCGCUGCCGACGAGGACGGUGGCGGCCGACCCGCCCCGCGCGCCGCCCGCCGCCCGCCGUAAGGCGUGGCGGGCGUGGGUGCCCCGCGACGCUCACACUCAGAUUUGGAUCCCACCGGGCGGGGCGGUGGCGGCCCCGCACGGCCCCCGCCGCCCCGCCCGUCCUGUAACUGACUCGUUAAUGUUGUUGUUAGUCAUUACAAGUUGAAGAAACGUUCUGUGUGUUCUGCUCGGUACGUGCGGGGCGCAGUGCCGCAGCACCCUCACGCCCGGCACUGCGCCCUCACGCCGCAGCGCUGUGUAGCAGCAGCAGCAGCAUCAGUAGUGGUAGUGGUGUUAGUAGCAGCCCGGCGCGUCAGCCUCCUGUUCCUAGUGUACGUAGCGUAGCUGACGCGCCGCCACGCCUCGCCCCCGCACAAGGAUAUAUCGUUAACCCUUCCCCCGCGGCCUAAGCCCCGCCUGGCACUGCCUGCCCGUCCAUGUGUGUAGCUUAGCACGGCGUGAGGCGCCCAACACGACACUCACACACACACACCCAACCCCCUCCCCGCCCCGCACCUCGCUCCAUUACACUGUCUCGCGCACGCAACACGCCACUACAAACUUUCCCGCCACUCACACACUCUUGCACGCUUUCUUUACCUCCUGACAAGACGCACCAAGUCACCGACAAACAGUUCACAAUGUACAAAGUGACCUUACCUCAUCUCACAUUGCAUGGCUUUCUUUUCUUCAUGACGCAGCAUCGGUAAUCAAAGGUCUACCUGUACACACACCUGUCUUCCUUCCGUCCCCCAAACACACGGACACGCAACUCCUGUUUACACGACACACGACCCUCCCUUCCCACCCAAACACACACCUUCAAUGUUGACCUGACCAGCCGGCGCGCCAGACUGGUCAGGUAAGUGGCCCUUGUGACCUUGUGAUACGUGUGGACGUGUACGUUACAUGACUCGUGUGCACCUGUGCCUGUGUGUACGUGUGUGUAGGCGCGGUAACACAAUACUUAAGGGAGUGUUAUAAACUUAUACCCACAAA